AAAAAUCUCCAAACCACAACUUCCGUCUGUCUCUUCAUCCCCGACAACGUUCUCCGAACUGUCAAACGGGGUCAGCAUUUGAAUCAAAUUUUCCACGCAAGCUGUCACUCGAGCCUUUGUGACGUGCGAUGAGCGCCAAUAUUUUACUUCCAUUGGAUUUCUCGAGCCUAUUGCUACAACAAACACAACCGCGAGAAUGGAGUCUCUCGGAUCCUUCUGAGAGGUUGCCGCUGGGCCACACGCCAUCCUUCCACCCCGGUAAAGGAGGACUUCCUAGCAAGCAUUCCGCACGCCACGAGACGCUUGGACUGCAAUGUUCAUCAAACCGUCUCUUUCGUAGGUUGUUUACCUUGUCACGGAUGGUCUCUUCCCAAUGGUUUUUUGCGCACUGCCCGACGCCGAUCACCAUCAUACCAAUAUUUGAAGCAAGCCACACUGAGGUGGUGAAAAGCUACGUGAAAAGCUACGUGAAAUGCACUUGA